UCCAUAAACCCCUCUCUCCCCGCCAUUCCCCACCUCUCUCUCCCCUCCCCUCCCCUCCCUUCGCGCCUCCUCAUCCGCCUCUCUCUCUCCUCCCCCUCCGAUGGCGACGCGGCCGCGGUCCUCCCCGUCGUUCUUCGGCGGCCUCCGGGCACGCGAGCUCGGCGGCGGCAGGGUGCCACUGCCACGCGCCUCCGCGGCGCGGCUCCCCUACCUCGCGGACCUCUCCUCCUACCCCGGCGGCCGCGGGAGCGGGGUCAUCGCCGUCGAGCACGCCGGCGACCCCGCCAUACCUUUCGCCAUCUCCUUCUGCAAGGCGGAGCAGAUCUCUCACCUUCUGGCGGUAGCUGAUGAGGACGGGUAUGUUGGCAUCUACGACACCCGCCGGCGCCUCCCAUCCAGCUCAUCGUCAUUGGGGAAAUCAGCUGAAACGAAGAUGUCCGAUUGGGUUGCCCACAACAAUGCCAUCUUUGAUGUGUGCUGGAUCAAGGACGGUUCCCAAUUACUGACUGCAUCAGGCGAUCAGACUGUGAAAAUAUGGUCUGUGGAAAACAAGAAAUGCCUUGGUGUUCUGUCAGGGCACACCGGGAGUGUGAAGUCGCUGUCAUGCCAUUCUUCAAACCCAGAGCUCAUUGUUACUGGAUCAAGGGAUGGUUCUUUUGCUCUUUGGGAUCUAAGAAUCGACCCAAAAACCCCUAAUGGUCACCGUGAAGCUUGUCUCAUGUCUUCCCUUGUUGUCAAACAAGCACACAGUCCCACACAAAGAAAUCGAACAAGGUCUAGAGCAAAGGCUGCUUCGACGAGUAUCACAUCUGUUCUUUAUUUGAAGGAUGAUAUCUCCAUUGCUACUUCUGGGGCUGCAGACAACAUUGUGAAGAUAUGGGAUACGCGAAAUAUCAAAUUGUCUCUCUCCAACAGAAGCUCUCAAGCAGCAAUGCAACCUUUGGAGGGUGUGAAACAUGGGAUCUCUUGCUUGUCUCAAGACUCGUAUGGUGCCUAUAUUGCUGCGUCAUGCAUGGAUAACAGGAUCUAUUUGUACAGUGCUCUUCAUAUGGAUAAAGGCCCAAUUAAGGCUUACACUGGCAGCAAAAUUGAAUCUUUUUUUGUCAAGUCUGCUAUCAGCCCUGAUGGAACUCACAUUCUUGGUGGUUCGAGUGAUGGCAACGUGUACUUAUGGCAGGUGGAUCAGCCUGAAAGAGGUCCUAUAAUUUUGGAAGGCCAUGAAGGUGAAGCUACUUCAGUUGACUGGUGUGCAUCAGAGGUCGGGAAGAUCGCAACGUCAUCUGACGAUUCCAAGGUUCGCGUAUGGAAUACUGAGAGAAGGGUGUUCCCAAACACAAGUUCCCCAACGGUCAUCCGCAAGAGAAUAACCGCACCAAACACUGGAAGCCGGUCUGCUAGCCAUGAGCUAGCUACUACCUCAAGAGAUGUAGGAGUAGCAGCCUGCACCAGUGCAGAUGGUGAAUUGCCAACUGGUUCACGCUCUCCCCUUCAGCCCAGAGUACUGGAGUUUGGCACACCGGAGUCAGCGAAGAAGAGAGCCUUUAGGUUGUUUCAGGAGGACUCAUUGGACAUAAGGAAAAGCCCAGAGGCUCAAAUGAACAGCCCUUCUUCGGUUCUAAGCCCCCCACAUUCACUGAAGAGGAGAACAAUUCGGGACUACUUUGCUAGUAGCUCAUCUUGUGAGCACACCAAGCAUGUCCAUGACCUUGCACUCUUGGCUCACUCGUCAACUGUGAAGAACCUCAAAAAUGCUCAAUAUAGCUACAGGUGCCUGAAAAAAUAACUUUAAAGUUUUGAACAUCGAUUUCACUAAACAACAA